AUGCCUUCCAGAUUAGACAGCCCUGUGCUGUCUCUCAGCAUUAACAAUAUCAGCAAAAUCGACACACAUAAUGUUGAUAACCUCUUUGGAAUGUGGACCAUAUUUUCUCGUUGUGCCGAGUCGCUAGAAAACGGUAGGCGAUUAGAGAAUCUAAGCUGGCGAUUAUGGAACCAGGAAACCUUCUACACUGGUACCGUUAGCAAGUUUAGAGCCUCUCUACAAGAAUCAGAGGAAUCCACAUCGUCAUCUGCGUCGACAAGAUCCAGGAGCAGCACAUCCAGCACAGAGGAUGUACCUGCUCUGUCUUCCAGCGUAGAAUCUGCUUCAUCCAAUGACAGAUACCCACACUCCAGCAUCCAUUCUAACCAGAGCACCAUGAGCCGACGGGGCUCUGGUCGAGAAAGGCAUAUCAACCCAGUCGGUUUGGCUAGGUUGAUGAGCAAUCUCAACAACAAUGAAGUCGAACAACUCAUCGAGGAACACUCCAAGUCACCAACAAAGCAGCCAGCCAAGCCCAUCGCUGUCCCAGCUGCCCCUGUCACAUCAACCACUACCGAGACUCAGAAGUCUUCGAACGAUUCUACAGCAUCUGACAACAGCACUGGAUCCAACUCCAGCAUCAAGAGCUCUCACAGUGUCGUCCGUGGCUUUGGUCCAGGAUUGGUUUCCAACUCAUACCGAUCAUCCACCAAGCUUGCCGCGGAGGUCACUGUCAAGGAAAAGGAAGUUGUGCUUACACCAGAACCUACCAAGCCAAAGAAGGGUGGUAUGUUCAUCGUUGGCUCUAGCCCAUCUGAUGCUUCUGGAUCUUACGAUGGAUCCAGGUAUGGUAGUGCACUUUCCAACAGCCUUCGCAGAGUCGCCAGCGGUGGCAGCAAGCGAGCCGCCUUCGUUGAUGAAGUUCAGACCCGAACCUUCAAGGAAGAAGAAGAGGAUGACUUCAUGACUGAAGAUGAAGAUGAUAGCGCCAUCGAUGAGGAUGACUGGGAUUCUGUUAGCGAGGAUGGCUCUGAGGACGGCGAGGAAUCAUCUAUGUUCUCUCGUAUCGAAGAACCUCGACCACAACUCACUUCCAGGAGGUCACUCCUUUCUACCCUUCUUCACCAAAAUGACCGCGCAGAGGCCCUUGCUCGUGCCGCUGGUGUUCGAUCCGCACCUGUUGUUAGGUCUCGCACAUCCUCUCCCAAUGGUCCAUCCAUGCCUCUCUCUCCCACUCGAGAGGCACCUAUCCAACAACAAAUUGUUAACGCCCGGGCUAUCCCCAUGGUUAAGUCCGCUUCUGCGUUCCCUCAGUCACCUCGUACCACUCGUCGCAACAUGCUUGCCACCGAGUUGACCGAAUCAUUGCGAAAGCAUCUCCUUUGGGAGAGGCAGCAAAAGAACAAGGUUGCCAAUGCCGUCCUUCGACGCAGGCAUACCGCUUACGACAUGCAGAAUAUGACUGAGUACCCCCAGCAGGGCCGUGCUGGAUCUUGGAACAACCACUUUGAACAUGGUCCUGGUCCCAACGAAUACCACCUCGCUGGCUGGUAA